UCCCGGCAGGCACCGCACAACACGACCGCCCCCGGAGCUGCGUCACGUCCGGCAGCGGCCGGCGGGGCGGCCAAUACAGAAAUAAAUGAGCGGUUAAUACCGCCGCUGCGGCGGUACCUGUUCCCGCCGGUUAAGGGAGACUGUGUUUUGACCGCGCAGCCACCAUCUUAAGUGUUGGCAAGCCUCCUCUACUUCGGCAGGGCAGCCAUCUUGAACGAGGGGUUGAGGCGUUGCUGUGUGGGGGACGCCGCGGCCGCCAUGUUGAACUCGGGAGGAAAGGGCAGCGCCGGGUUUCUGUGUUUUCUGUGCCCUGGUGCAGCAAUAUAAGCCUAGUAUCAGAAAUGCAGUGGUGAUAAAAGCUUCUGCUGACCUGUCAGGAUGGAAGGAGAAGCAGUGAAGGAACUGGAAGGAUAAACAACAGCCCAGUUCAUCAGCACAGGAGUGAAGAACUGCAUGCGGAAAAGGAACAGGGCAGCCUUCCUACCAUAGCUGUGUCCAGAGCCGGCUGUCACUUCUCCAAACGGACAAUGGCACCUGAGCCAAGUUGGAAUCUGCAAUCCUAACAAGCUCAGCCAAGUUUUAUCCCAGAGGCGUUGUUUAUGGUCAGAUCAGAGACCUACUGGCACUUCAUUUUUCCGGGUAUGAAAACCAAGGCCCAUUUUCCAAGCAAAAACUCUGAGCCACUGGUGUAGAAACUGGAUCUCCUACCUCUCACAUGCUCCAAGUGCUGAGAACCUGUGCUUUCAAAACCAUGGAAGACUGUAAAUAACAGGACCUCAAUACAGCAUUUGCCAGUGAAAGUACUGACAGAAUAUAACCCACGACACAGAAGGCUCCUGCCCUGAGGAUGUUUCCCUGUAAAAGGUGGAAAGCAGAAAAUAUGCCAGGAAAGCUCUGCCUUGGAAUGACUGUGAUUCCUUUCCCCUUCAGAUAUAGCAUCACUGCUGGCUGAUGCAGGCUGCAGUUACAGAAGAGGUCUCCAAGAAAGGGCUGCCGUGCUCCUGGUCUCACGCUGUGGAUGCUGCCUGCCAGACACUGCUGCAGGCUCUUGGGCUGCCCUUGAAGGAAGCAAACUUCCCAAUGCUUAACCAGCCAGCAAGGAUAUUCAGCUGAAACCCAUGUGGAAGAUGUAAGUUUAAAAGUUUUUCAUUGAAGAGACAUUAGAAAGAUAAGGUCGAAAGGCAGAGACUUUCCAGCGCUGGUGGUAGCCGAACUGCAGCUGUAAGAGACUGCCAAAAAGCCUGUGUGGAUCCUUGAUAAAAUGGACGCUAUGCACAAGCUGAAGAUUUUUGUGAUGUUUCUGUCUUUGGCUACUUUCAUUGUCAUGGUGAUACUGAAUGCUGGAAAUGCCACUGGAAUAUUCAAAGGUCUCUUCAGGACAACCCCUGGAAACAUCUCAGCAAAGUACAGCACUGACUUCACACCAGCUGGCUGGACCUUCCUCAUCUGGAAUGUCAUCUAUGCCUGGCAGUGUGCUUGGCUUCUCUAUGCCUUGUCAGGGAUCUGUCGAAGGAAUGAACUUGGAUGUGUCUACAUGAGGCCAGACUUGCUGCCAAUACCUUUUUAUGUGGCAUGGAUUCUGAAUAAUGGCUUCAAUGUUGUAUGGCUGUUUCUGUGGGACCGAGAAUACCUUCUCCCUGCCCUGGUGUUCCUGGCAGCCCUCACUUUCACCACCUAUGCCUGCCUCUUCAUUUCACACCGAGCCUUGAGCAUCCAUUCCUCCUGGUUUGCGAAGGGUCACAAAGCUGAGCUCUGGCUCAUCCGCAUUCUAGUCCAGAAUGGGCUGGCACUGUAUGCAACAUGGACCACCAUUGCCACGCUGCUGAACUUUGCCAUUGUGUUGAUCUACAAGUGGAAUGUGUCCAAUGAGACGGCAACAACUGCUUGUCUAAGCAUCCUCACUCUCUACCUAGCAAUAUGGUUUUAUCUAGAAAACUUCUUUCUUGACAAGUAUGUCCGUUACAACCUUACAAUCUACCCAGUGGUCAUAAUAGCCCUGACUGGCAGUGCCUGCAAGAACUUCUCCUUUUCCUCCCCAACAACAAGCAGCACUUUUAUAGUUGUUCUGCUGGCAGUGACUUGUUUGAUCUUUGCUGUUCGACUGGGACUAGUCACAUGGCGACACUCACCAGCGACCUGUGGAAGAGGGGGAGGAAAAAGGUGGCUAAGAGCACUCAGCAGUGUGAUGCUCCUGCCUCUGUCCUGGGUGGGAAGCAGAGCAGAGAAGCCCAUGGAGGAAAAGGAGCUUCUGCUCACUUUCUUCCACUGA